CCAUGGAGACAAUACGUGAUAUGAGGAUGACCCUAGCUGAGAUCCUGGCUGCCGAUACAGACUUUGUUCUGCAGCAUAUGGAUCAGAAGAAACUCAUCACUGAUCGUGACUACAAGGAGCUCAGAAGCCUGCCUCAGAACACUGAGAAACUGUCUGGGGCGAUACUGGAUAAAUUAAGAGACACGGAUGAAGAUAUCUGUCAGAAAUUCAUUGACCUGCUGAAGCAGGAAUUCAUGUUAAAACAAUAUCCAAAGCUAAGACGUCAUUUCUCAUCCCAGUCAACGGAUGGCAUACCAGCCGAAGCAUCAUCUCCACUUGCGAGGGACCAGGUGAAGAAGUAUGUGGUGGGCCUGGGCCCAUACAGCCAAAACCUGACAAAUGCAGGACAGGCAAUUGUGGAUCAUGUGAUGCAAAACUGCACUGACGACACUGUGAAAGACUGGCUUCAGAAUGAGAAAAACAAUGUACUGUUUGUCAACUAUGUGCGGUUCUUAAACCUGCAGUUUAAGAGCUACCAGGACGAGAUGGAAAAGAGGCUUCAUUAUGGACUGAUCCACAUUGUGUUUGUGGCUCAUGGGAGGAUCACUGGGAAUCGAGUGCCUGCCUCCCGCCUCUUACCGCUGAAAUCCAUUGACGAUGUCGUCCUCUACUCUCCGUGGAACUGCUCCAUCGAUGCUAAAGUCGCCGCUGGCAUUGCACUGGGGACCAUUGACCCCGACAGCAGGGCUUUUCAUCCCAUUGGAAACACUCCGUACCCCAUACCCACUGAUUGGAAUUCCAUGCGUCGAGCUGGACCAACUAUGGUUCCAGAAAUCGUUGUGUCUCCGACCACCAACCCCAGACCACCAACCCUAGACCCCCAACCCCAGGCCACCAAGUCCACACCCCCAACCCCAGACCACCAACCCCAGACCCCCAACCCUAGACCCCCAACCCUAGACCCCCAACCCCAGACCACCAACCCCAGACCCCCAACCCCAGACCCCCAACCCUAG